AUGAUGAUUCUCUUCAACCACAUUUUCAUCACCUCACUACUCAUUGUCACAAAUAGUUUUAUAUAUCGAUACGUGCACAUCUGCAGACCGAAUUCAAUCAACAUUUAUUGCUCCACAAAAGGCAUAUUUGCUUCCGUGGUCAUCAAUGCCAUUGUUUUAACAAUCUGGCAAGCAUCCAUAUGCACGGUUUUUUGGCCGAAUCCACGAACCAUUGAGCAACUCAGUGAAGUUGUACUAAAGAAACUGGGAGUUGAUCUCUUUGACUGCGCACAAAUCAAUUUCUCAUUAAAGUCAAACCGGAAACAUGUAUUUGAUUACAUCUCGGCUGUGAGCGUGCUGCUUAUUAUGUCGGUGCUGAUGAGUAUCAUGAUCUAUUCAGCUAUGAAGAUCAAUAGUGCUCUCAAAUCAGCAACAUUCAACAGCACCAUAAAAAUGCAUCGACAGAUGCUUACCCUGUUGUUGCUACAGGUGAUGCAGUUUAAAUAA